CUUAAGAUCUUCUUCUACCAUUGUUCAGCGAAAAUGUCUCGUGUUGAGAUCAUUGAUCUUACAAACUCUCAUGAUUCCUCUCCAUCACCACACAUAUCUUCUUCUAAUGUACAAUCGAUUCUUAACUUUGGUCAUGUUUCUACCAAUCCUAAUCUUCACAAUCAUAUACAUCACCAUCAACACCAAACUAAUGUGUGGGUCUCACCACCACAAGAAUUCAGGGUCCCACCACCAUCUGGAUUCAACAAUAACACCUCCCAGAUUGCUACUAUGCCCCAAGUUGGUAUGCACGGUGGUAGCCCAAUUGCGAGGGUUCUCCAACCUGAACCAAAUACCUUCCCAUAUUCAAAUGGAGUUAGGUCAAGGGUCACUUGGUCUCAAGAAGAACAUGACUUAUUUGUGAUGGGGCUGAUUGAAUAUGGAAAAGGGAAAUGGAGCAAAAUAGCAAAGCACUAUGUUUGCAACAAGACACCACAACAAGUUCAAUCCUAUGCACGUAGCUUCUUCAAGCAUCUACCACCUUCAUAUGUGCAUGGUUUUAGAAGAAAGAAAUCAACUUCAAAUCUCAACAACUCUGUCUCUAGAAGAAAUGAGGAAACUCUAGCACUUCCAAAGAAAGCUUAUAGAGGAGAAUCUAGCACUUCCAUUACUGUGCCUAGUGUUUCUGCUGAUAAUGGAGAAGUUGAUCUGAAACUUCGUUUGAGUUUAUACAAGUGAUACUUUGCGUCAUGUGUGUCAACAUGCAUGGACAAAUUAAGCUGCAAUUUAGUCUAUCACCAUAAUAAGUGGCUUUUCUUUUUCUUUGUAAUUUUUUCUCUUCUUUAUAAUAAUAUUUGUUCAAUUA